GCUGUGCGUGUUAUUAGGUUCACCAGGCAGUAUCGUAGUAGUGACGAUAAUUUGAUACCGUUUAUAAAAUAAUUAUUCUUAUUCUUGGUUUUUGUCCAGAAUUCAUGAUUCAGUUUUAUGGUAUUAUCAUACGACCAACGUCUCUUCCAGUUGUGCAUUUAUUUCCGAUUCCCAGUACUGGUUCAGCGUGGGAAUCACUGUACGACAACUGCAUUUGUGUGCAUCUACGUCAUUCCCCUUCAUAUUAUUUUCGCUUCUGUUUUGGAUGGACUUCACAAUCACCCACACCUGCAUCGGAUGUACAACUGCUUAACCAUGUGGAUGCUUUUGACGUGGAUUGCCGGUGUUGCAGCCAUUGGGCUCUUCCAGCGAGUGCAGGCUAAAAGUGAUUUACCGCCACCCGAUUUCUUUCCGCCUGGAAAUGGCAAGAACACAGCUGGAAGACCUUCGGUCGAGACGCACAAUGUCCCUGCCGGUUUUCCCGCUGCCUUCACGUGUAAGCAGCAGGAUGUUACAAAUGUAACGGUGUCCUGGCUGCAUAACACUACCAAGAUUAUGGAUGCGACGCAGGACAAGAAUACGCGAUACGCUGUGAAAACGGAACCAGGAACGUCCACCUUCACUAUCGACCACGUUCAGGUCAGAGAUCAAGGCACGGUUACGUGCCAGGUGCUGAGUGGGGCCGGUCUUGUCGAAGGCACGGUGACCUUUGAAGUCAGCAAAAUCGCCAUUGAAGUUAACCAGCGUAAUGUUAGCGAUGAAAUCGCCUACAUCCUUGACACAACUAUUACAGCGACGUACACCUGUGCAAUUAAGUAUGCACCGAAAGACGCCAAAUUGAGCUGGUAUGAUAAAGAAACCGAAUUGAACUCGACAACCUGCAAGGACGGACAAUGCGAGGUUAUAAGCUAUCCUGAAUCUGAGGAUGUCAAGAAAGCCAUCGUUAUGUAUUCAGCCGUGAAAUUCGUUCCCAAAGAUGGCUUGCGUUGCAAACUAAUCAAUAGUACUGGUGGCACCGCGCAACAGUCAGGCGUUAUCAAACAGAUAACUUUUAAUAGGAAGCCAAAGUUUUGCGGGAUGCAUGUGACAAAUAAACACAUUCUGGUGGAGAGCGGUGAAAUGGUCACUAUUACAUGUGUUGCCUGCAUAGACCCCAAGUACGCAUCCAAGCUGCUUCUGUACAUCAACAACACGAAGGUUGCCGAAUCCGACAGCUGUGUGGGAGACCAGCGGCUAGUGCUGACGUACCCAUUCGUUGCUCAUCCAGAAAACAACACCGCUCGAGUCGAGUGUAAAAUCGUUAACGAAACCCACGGGGAACUGGAACCAUCCGCCAAACUGCCACUCCGCGUACUGUUUGGUCCCGACGACGGAUCGGUUAUAGUGACUGCGCCAGCCACCGUCUCGCCCAACCAAAAGUUUGAAGUCCGCUGUCAUUCCGGAAAUAAGUAUCGCAUGCUAUGGCUUCACUGGUUUGCGAUUCCUGGAAAGUCGUAUGGAACAUACACCACUCACACUGAACCUGGGGAAACGAUGCAAUACGGCAGCAUUUGGGUAACACCCGAAGCCGGAGCCACCUCAAUCAACAUUACUUGCAUGACCAGGAAGCCGCACAACGGUCAGAUCGUUCAGGCAAAUGCCGUGGUUUAUGUGAACGCCGAAAGCGCCGCCGACGAGACUGGGGCGGAGAGUAGCGCCAACAUCCAGCCGGCUGAGCUUACCGGUUCGUUGCCGCGGACGAGCCAACCUGUGGAUCAUGACGAACAUGAUGCCGUCUUCGUUGGCGUUGGAUCGGUUGCUGCGGCCGCGGGCGUGGUAGGAUUACUGAUGGUGGUGUUUGUGGGUUAUCCAUCGCACAUCCGGGCAUUCCACGAAAGCGACCUUGCGAGCCAUCUGUGUCCCUUGAUCGGAAGAACCUCACGUUAGCCAUCCGGCGAACAAUCCUCAGUUCGCAUACCGCCGCAAAAUUCUUUCAAGAAAGUACCCUCUUUAUUAUGUAGCUUAUGCUUUACUCGUUAUUUUUUGGUUAUGAAUUAUGAUAAUACUGCCUGCGCGAAGCUCUCGUGGAAAAGCCGCGCCUGCGUACGUAUGUGCAAGCACUACUACUACUAAAGUAAUUAUUACUUAAGUAUGAUUCAUGUAGAAAACUGGAACGGCAGAAUGCGGGCCAGCGUUUUUCCAGUAUAGCCAUGCCAAAGUUAUUCAGUAAAUAAAUUCUUGAUCAGCUGCUUGAAUUUAAACUGGUGUAAAC